GUGCUACAACUUAACCGCAAAAUCCCACACAUUUUACAACAAACCAACCGCAUACGAUCAAGAUGUCUUUCAAAAGCAUUCUCGACAAAGCUAAAGCUAAGGGUGAAGCCUUUGCCGCUCAACACAAUUUUUCCAUUCCCGGUCAAUCCACGACACAUACACCCCCACCACCACAGCCCGCACCACCCGGAUACUAUCCUCAAGUUCAGCCUCAUCACAAUGCAGGCGCACCUCCUCCGAUUCCUCAAAACAGACCAUCCUAUUCUGCGAUUCAUCCUUAUUGGACGCCUUCUUUCGCUCCCCACACACAUGUUUCCGACAAUUUCAGACAUCAACUAGGCGAUCAUGGCUGGGGAAAUAAUGAACUUCAAAAUUACAUCGCGGACCGAGAAAACUCUUUCCACGACGAACACGGCUGUUUAGUUCUCCGAGCCAUUGCCUCAAACGGCAGAUUCACAAGUGCACGUUUGACAAGCCAUAUGACCCUAGCCCGCGAUCGCGGUAGUCUCGUAGCAACCAUUACACCACCCUGUGCCUCUGGAAUCUGGCCGGCUUUCUGGCUCCUUCCACGUGAACCUUUUACAUGGCCAAAUGAUGGAGAAGUAGACAUUAUGGAGACUUGGAACGGAGAUGCGACGAACCAUACUUGUUUGCACUGGGGACAUUUUAACGGGGAUGAUUGGAAUAAACAUAGGGUUGUGGAGACACCGGUGCACGAUAUGCAUCAUGCACAACAUACAUAUGAGUUUGCAUGGAACCAACCGGACAAUGGUGUAGGAGGGAAGAUGGUCUGGUAUAUUGAUGGGAAGGUUGUUAUGAAAGCGACGGUGCCAGAGGGAACGAGGAGGUUGAAUGAUUUUCAGGUCAUCAUUAAUGUGGCGAUGGGUGGAAAUGUUUGCCAGGGUCAGAGACCACAGGAUGGGCAUUAUGACCUGAAGAUCCAUAGUCUGAAGAUGUGUGAUGAGCCAACAGGAGGGUGGGGAAGGUUUGAAAAUGAUUUUAUUCAUGGGCCGGAAGGACAUGCAAUGUGAAGGGCUGCUUGGCCAGAUCAAAGACGAUGAGAUACAUCGUUGAGAAUACCGAGGACCGGGAUGAUUCAAUGAGAUUUAUUUCUUUUCUAAACUCAAUAUUAAUAGAGUUUCUGUUGGAAAUAGCGCUUCCUUUAGCCUGCGGAAGCUUUGCUGGGUGGCGCAAAGUACUUGAAUAUAGGUUAUAAAUUAUGGUAACACUGCCCGUCGUUGAAAACACAAAGCCAGUUGUGCCAGGACUUCCCGUCCGAAUCUCGAGUAUUGUAGGAUUCUCUGAACAAUUCGAGGUGCUUUUCUCCCUGCUCUAAGGGAAUCAAAUGCUUUUAGGGUGCUUGGGAUGAUUGUGUGGAUCCAUCCAGAUAUUAUGGAAAGUUAAUUGCAAUAGGAGCCGAACUGUCCA